AUGCCUAUUAUUGUUGAUAAUGAAAUCACUCGUCGUACUAAAACAACUCGUGCCCAACGUGAAAUCUUUCGCACUGAACAAAUGCGUCCAGAGGAUACACGGUUCGUCUAUUCAGAUGGUGAACUGUGCCAAAUUUACGAUAGAAGCAUUAUCCAUAAUCUAAAAACGGUUGACGUCACCAUUCAUUCCACUCCGCUUACAGAAGCAAUGAGACGAAUGAAAAAGGCUAUGAAUCAGUGUAGCCGCAUGAUGGACGAUAAACUCUGUGAGUUUACGGUCUACAUAAUCGACGAUAGCAAUCAUGUGCUUCAUGCGAAAUUUCACCGAUCAAUUAUCGAUAUCCGAUGUUGGGCCAAUCUUGAAUCUCUGCUGAUUGCCGCCUAUAAUGAUUUAAAGCAAGGCCAUGAAACUGGAGUUGAACCUAAGUGGCAUUUUGACGCGCACGCACGUGCCGACACCAUGUACCAAGUUUCGGAUGAGUACGAAGAAGACAAGAAAUUCUGGCAGGCUUAUGUUCAGCCAUUGAAGCGCUUUGCUUACACACAACGAAGUAAUAUUUCUAUUGGAAAGAAAACAACUAAUCGCAUCGCAAUAACAUUAAGCAGCAACGAUCGACAAAAACUGCAACAGGCAGCAGCAGAAAUGAAUAUUUCAGAAUCCCAUCUUUACAUAGGCAUUUCAGCACUUUUGCUUCGAAACCUUAUCGACCGUGAAUAUCUUAGUCUCAGUCUGCCAGUGCAUGGAACGUAUUUGAAUCAUGAGCUUGGCAUGACAUCCAACGUCUUGCCAUUGCUGUUGCAUCUCCCUGAAGAUGCUAAGAUACACGAAGUCUUACUUCAAAUCACCAAGGAAACUAAAUCAAUCCUCAAGCAUCAACGCUACCGAAUUGAAGACAUCCUGCAGCUCGCUAACUAUAGCGCAAAUGACAGCUUCGGUCCUCACGUAAAUAUAAUGCUCUACGAUCAUGAGGACGUCAAAAGUAUUUCGUCACGUUUGCUAGUUUUACUUGGAUCUGCUCACAACGCUGAUCAAGCAAAAAUGUCAGUGGCAAAAAUGAAUUUAUUGCCAGAGGUUGAACGCAAUCUACUACUCUAUACAUGGAAUCAGACGACGGUUGCAUAUUCACCUACCUGCUGUCUUCACCAAUUAUUUGAGCAACAGGUGGAACGCGAUAGUCAGGCAACUGCUUUGAAGUAUAAGGGAGAGACUCUGAGCUAUGCAGAACUGAACGCCCAAGCCAAUAAGCUGGCACAUUACUUGAUUGCAAAAGGCAUCAAACCUGAUGAUCGUGUCGCACUUUGCGUUGAGCGAAGCAUAGCUAUGCUCGUAGCAAUGCUGGGUAUUCUAAAGGCCGGCGGCGCCUAUGUACCACUCGAUCCGGUCUAUUCGAGCCAAAGACUGACCAAUAUUCUGCAGGAUGCCGAUCCAAUAUUCCUAUUGGCAGAUACUACUGGCCAUAGAGCACUAGGAGACUAUCAAGUAACAGUGGUUGACUUAGACAAAUCGUUGCCUGUUGAUUUAUCAAUCAAAAAUCCAGACGCAACCAUCCUCGGAAUUACUCCAACUCAUCUGGCCUAUGUAAUUUACACUUCUGGUUCAACAGGAACACCCAAAGGUGUAAUGGUUGAACAUCAACAGGCAGCACUAUUACUCCAGUCUGUAUACGAUAAAUUUGAUUUUAACAAGCAGGAUAGAUGGUGUUUAUUCCAUUCGUUUUCUUUCGACUUUUCCGUAUGGGAGAUAUGGGGCGCAUUAUGCUAUGGAAGUGAACUCUCAAUAGCAUCAUACGAUACCGCGCGUUCGACAGACAAAUUUUAUAAUUGGAUUUGUACCAAUGGUAUCAGUGUACUAAAUCAAACUCCAUCGGCAUUUAGAAUGUUUAUGCGGGCAAAAAAUAUCAGUCCGCGAUCCGAUAAAUUGCGAUAUAUUCUCUUUGGUGGUGAAGCACUAGAUCCAGUGAUGAUUAGGAAGUGGUACGAUGAGUUUUCUGAAAGUCAAACAGUAUUUGUCAAUAUGUAUGGCCCUACCGAAACAGUUGUUUUCGCAACGAGUUGGAUUUGUGAAAAUACAAUAUCUGAAAACUCAUUGGUGCCAAUCGGUCGUCCACUGCCCAACAAGCGAAUUUACCUCCUGGAUACACAUAGCGAGCCAGUUCCUCUAGGAGCCGAAGGAGAGUUAUAUAUUGGUGGUGCUGGUAUAGCACGUGGCUACCUAAACCGUCCUGCACUCAACGUGGAACGAUUUCUACCCGAUCCAUUCAGCAACAAUCCAGCAGCACGCAUGUAUCGUACUGGUGAUCUAGCACGGUAUUUGUCUGAUGGUAAUUUGGUAUAUCUGGGACGCAACGAUCAACAAGUUAAAAUACGUGGCUUUCGAAUUGAGCUUGGUGAAAUUGAAGCCCACCUAGUCGCACAUCCUCAGGUGUGCGAGGCGAUU